AGCGCCCCGAGCGCGGAUCCCGUGUAUAACCGCACGGGCACACAGCGCAACCGAUCGUUCCAACGCACGGACCUACCGAGCACCGCACGACCAGCGACCGCACGACCAACAACCGCACGACCAACACCGCCCAGGCGCAGCCGUUCCCCGCACGUCGAUCUACGUCUCAGCGCCCUUUCAAAAUGAAAUUACAGUUAUUUGUGAUUUGUGUGAUCUCCGUCUUCUGUGUCAGUUACGCAACUGAUACUUGUUACUCAAGUGUUAAAAGUGUAUGCAGCAGCACUGGUUCAAGUUUACCUCUAAAAUGUAAUUCCAAGUACGGGGCUUUCGAUAACGAAGACAUUAUGAAAAAUGUACAACAAUACACUCAAGAUCAUAUUUUGAAAAGUUUCCAUUACUUGCUUAUGUCUUCUUAUUUUGGAAACUAUGAAGCAAACCGUGAGGGAUUCGAAAAACUUUUCAGAGAAUUGUCUGAUGAUGCCUGGGAAAAGUCCAUUGAUCUUAUAAAGUUUAUCACUAAACGUGGAGGUCACAUGCAGUUCAAUAAAAUUACUAAUACAGAAAAUGCUUAUGAUUCUGAAAAGAUUUUUGAAUUUGAAAAGCACGAAUUGGGAAGUAUGGCUAAGGCAUUGGAAUUGCAGAAGAAUUUAGCUAGAGGUGCAAAUAAUAUUCAUAAGAAAAUAUUAAAUACUGAGAACCAUGACUCGGAGGUUGCAUCAUACAUUGAAAAUAAUUUUGUACACAAACACUCCGACUCAAUUAGAAAGUUGUCUGGUUACACCAAUGACUUGCAUCAAUUAAUUUCCUCCGAUGAUGCGAGCUUGUCACUGUAUUUGUUUGACGAAUACUUAAAGAAUACUGUUUAAGAAUCAUAUUUUAUAUUUAAUCAUACAUAUUAUUUACUUAUUAAAAUAAGAACUUUUUUUUUUUGAUAUUCCUAAGGGACAUUAUUAUGUAGAACAGUUUUUUUUAUCUAAGUAGUUAAUAAAUGUAUUUAUAAUCAUAAUUAUUAUUAAUAUUAUAUACUUUCAUUUUAUCAUAUCAGUUGUCAUUAAUUCUGAUUAGUAUUAAUUACACAAUUGAACUUUUUUUUUUCUUA